AUGGCAAGUUCCACCAAUAUAAAGGUUGUAUGUCGUUUUCGCCCCGUCAACGCGAUCGAAGCGCGUGAAGGUGGCGAAAUCGUCGUUUCCUUUGCCGACAACCUUCAGUCGGUGCAGAUGAAGUCAGCCCAACUUGGGUCUGGACCCGAAAAGGAUGGCUUUACGUUCGAUAGGGUCUUUCCAAUGGGAACAAAGCAGCACGAAGUAUUUGACUAUGGAGUCAAAGACAUCGUCAAAGACGUUUUAGACGGGUAUAACGGUACAGUCUUCGCAUACGGCCAAACUGGUAGUGGCAAGACCUUCACCAUGAUGGGAGCAGAUAUUGAUUCAGAUGAAUUGAAGGGAAUCAUUCCUCGAAUAACAGAACAAAUAUUCCAUUCCAUCGUAGAAAGCGAUGCGCAUCUUGAAUAUCUUGUCAAGGUGUCAUAUAUGGAGAUUUAUCUAGAAAGGAUCCGAGAUUUACUUGCGCCCCAAAACGAUAACCUACAAGUACAUGAGGAAAAGUCUAAGGGUGUUUACGUGAAAAAUCUUUCGGACUACUAUGUUAGCAGUGCAAGAGAAGUUUACGAGAUUAUGCGGACGGGUGGAGCGGCAAGAGUUGUUACAUCCACCAACAUGAAUGCCGAAUCCUCUCGCUCACAUUCAAUCUUUCUCAUCACCAUUCAGCAGCGGAAUACGGAAACGGGGGCUCAAAAAACAGGAAAUCUAUAUCUCGUCGAUCUCGCUGGUUCGGAAAAGGUCGGGAAGACAGGAGCUUCUGGACAAACACUAGAGGAGGCGAAAAAGAUUAACAAGUCACUCUCGGCCUUAGGAAUGGUGAUCAACGCAUUGACCGAUAGCAAGGCUAAACAUAUACCGUACCGCGAUUCUAAACUAACGCGCAUUUUACAAGAAUCUUUGGGAGGGAAUUCUCGGACGACGCUGAUCAUCAAUUGCUCACCAUCUUCAUACAACGAGGCGGAGACUCUAUCGACCCUUCGCUUCGGUAUCCGUGCCAAGUCUAUCAAGAACACUGCACGCGUCAAUGCUGAGUUAUCUCCUCUGGAACUCAAAGGUUUGCUGCAGAAGGCUCAACUAGCCAAUACAUCGUACCAGAAAUAUAUAGCAGCUCUGGAAGCAGAGCUGGCUAUCUGGCGCACGGGCGGACAUGUAGAGGAGGUUGAGUGGACCCUUCCAAACAGACCAGGAUCUGUAACAUCCACUGUAAAGAAGCCGCCCAAUUCCACAGCCCCUUCGACGCCUUCGGCUUCCUCCCGCAGUAUGACGCCUGUGAACCCUGUUAUCGAAGGAUUGAGAAGCGACUUAGAGAGUCGUCCUCAAACACCAACCGUCAUAGGACUAGACAAGGACGAGCGGGAUGAUUUCCUCAAGAGAGAGAAUGAACUCAGUGAUGCACUCGCUGAGAGAGAGAGCUCUUUAGCAGCAGCUGACAAACUUGUCAAAGAACUGAAGGAAGAACUGGCAUUCUUGAAAGAGCAAGAGGCGGCUGUCAACCAGGAGAACAAAUCUAUGUCCAGUCAGCUGAAUGAAUUGAGGUUGCAAGUGGAAAGGUUAGACUACGAUAACAAAGAGGGGGUCAUCACUGUCGACAUCCUCAAGGAGCAAAACCAAGAUGCCAGAAGCGAAUUGGAGGAGCUCAAGAGACAAAUAGGCGAACUGAAGUCAGCCCAAAAGGAUGCUUCUGCAGAGGACAAGGAGAAGCGCAAACAAGAGAAGAUGGCGAUGAUGAUGGCCAAGUUCGACACGCAAGGCGCCUUCUCCGAGAAGGACGAACAAUUACGCCAGAUUCUGGCAAAACUGGAUAAUACAGACUCCCCUGAGUCGCUCUCCCAAGAAGAUCUUAUUUCGAUUCGACGGCAACUCUCCGAGGGGCAGAGCUUGGUGAGGGAAACCGUUGACAGACUCCGGCAAAGCCAAGAGGUGAAUGAGAUGGUCACACGACGUCGCGACGAGCUGGAAGCUCGAGUAUCGGGGCUCGAGGCAGAAUAUGAAGAACUUCUUGAGAAGACAAUUCAUGACGAAGAGACUAGCAAUGUCGAUGUCGCAGAACUGAUGGCGGAUCUCAAGAACAAACUCGAGAUCCAAUAUGCUGCCAAACGUGAGGCUCAGCUCAGCGAAGUGUCUGACCUCAAGCAACAACUUGAGUUACGGAGCAACGAGGUCCGAAGUUUGAAUGCUUCCAUCGACAGCUUGAAGAGCGUAAACGAGGAGUUGAAACGAGCUUUCGCAGUAACAUCCGUUGGCAUUGAAGGUGGUAAGAACCUCGCAGAAAGUGCACAGGAUCUCGAGCGGACUCGAAAGGCGAUCAACGUCCAAUUAGCGGAGUUUGACGGUGUGAAGAAGUCGCUUAUGCACGAUUUGCAAAAUCGCUGCGAGAAGGUGGUAGAACUAGAGAUUCAGUUGGACGAGAUCAAGGAACAGUAUAACAACGUGAUCCGCAACAGUAACAGCAAAGCACAACAGAAGAAGAUGGCCUUCUUGGAACGCAACCUAGAGCAGCUGACUUUGGUGCAAAAGCAGCUGGUUGACCAAAAUUCUACACUGAAAAAGGAGGCUGGAAUUGCUGAGCGCAAAUUGCUUGCUCGCAACGAGCGCAUACAAAACUUGGAAGCCCUCCUUCAGGAUGCUGACCGGCGGCUGUCAGUGCAAAAUCAAAAAUUUGAGGCGCAGCUUCAGGCCGUGAAGGAACGGUUAGAUCAAGCACGAGCUCAAAAAGCGGCAUCUUCUCCUCUCAAUUUCGGACGCAUCGCGAAGCCACUUCGGGGCGGAGGGGGAGUUGCGGUUCCCCCCUCCAACCCUUCACCAAAUGUCGGGGGCGCCAUGGCAAAUCCAGUCAACCGCUUGCAGAACGAAGAAGGAGCAGCGAAACGAGCAUCCUGGUUUUUUAAUUCACGAUAG